GACUUCGCCUUCUACUUUUCAGGCGGCGCCGCUCAGAGGAGCUAACAGAGAGAGGAGCAAAGAGAGAGAAUAACUUGCUGAACCAUGGGCUCACUUUUAAUUGGUGUACUGGGCUGCUCUCUGGUGCUGGCCGUCAGCGGGUUCUACUCGGCCAGGGACGAUGUGGUGGAGCUCAACCCCUCCAACUUCAACAAGGAGGUGGUCCAGAGCGACAGCCUGUGGCUCAUUGAGUUCUAUGCGCCAUGGUGUGGCCACUGUCAGAGCCUGACGGCGGACUGGAAGAAGGCGGCCACAGCCCUCAAGGGUAUUGUGAAGGUGGGGGCUGUGGAUGCUGACCAACACAAGUCCCUGGGGAGCCAGUACGGGGUCCGGGGCUUCCCCACCAUCAAGAUCUUUGGAGCCAAUAAGAACAAGCCGGACGACUUCCAAGGCGGACGGACCAGCCAGGCCAUCGUGGAAGGAGCCAUGACCGCGCUGCGCUCCCUGGUGAAGGAGAGGCUCAGCGGCAAGUCAGGAGGUUCUGACUACAGCCGACAGAGCGGUGGUGGUGGUGGUGGUGGAGGUGGAGGUGGAGGCAGCACCAAGGACGUGGUGGAGCUGACCGACGACAACUUCGACAGGCUGGUGAUGGAGGGCGACGCCGUGUGGCUGGUGGAGUUCUUCGCCCCGUGGUGUGGACACUGCAAGAGCCUGGAGCCGGAGUGGGCGGCGGCGGCCAGCGCGGUGCAGGAGCAGACCAAGGGGAAGGUGCGCCUGGGGGCGGUGGACGCCACCAUCCACCAGGGGGUCUCCAGCCGCUACGGGGUCCGAGGAUUCCCCACCAUCAAAGUGUUCCGUAAAGGGGAGGAGCCUGAGGACUACCAAGGGGGGCGUUCCCGGGCUGACAUCAUCGCCAGGGCGCUGGACCUGUUCUCUGACAACGCCGUUCCGCCUGAGCUAAUGGAGAUCCUCAGCGAAGACAGUCUGAAGACCUGUGUGGACAGCCAGCUGUGUGUGAUCGCUGUGCUGCCACACAUCCUCGACACAGGGGCGUCCGGGAGGAAAAGCUAUCUGGAGGUUGUGAUGAAAAUGGCUGACAAGUACAAGAAGAAGAUGUGGGGGUGGCUGUGGACCGAGGGCGGGGCCCAGAUGGAGUUGGAGAAUGCCUUGGGAAUCGGAGGGUUCGGCUACCCAGCCAUGGCUGCCAUCAACGCCCGCAAGAUGAAGUAUGCUCUGCUCAAGGGCUCAUUCAGCGACAGCGGCAUUCACGAGUUCCUGAGGGAUCUCUCUAUGGGUCGUGGUUCCACGUCAACAGUUGGGGAGGGGGCGUGGCCCAAGAUCACAACGGUAGCGCCCUGGGACGGCAAAGACGGAGAGCUUCCUGCGGAGGAGGAGAUUGACCUCAGUGAUGUUGACCUCGACGACGUCUUCGAGAAGACCGAGUUAUGAGUCCGCGCUCCUGGCUGCGGCCCACCUGGCCCUGCUCUCCAUCCAGUUUGUUCCAGUUUGUUUUUGGUCGGGGUCCCGCCGUACCCCCUACCCCGACACCACCAUAUUCCCUGGAGAGACGCCGGGGGGAAAUGGAAAAGCCAUGCCGUUCCUCACGUCACCCUGGUCAGACACUUGGUGGGGGUCGGGGUGGGGUGAACUCCACCUCACGGACCUGCUGAAGAACUACAUAAUCACACAGUCGCCCUCCUAGGUGGAGGAAGAGGAUGGAUCUGACCAGCCUCUUCCCCUCUCACUGCCCCCCAACUUUAUGCCCACCUUUCCAAACACCAAUUUUUGUAAAACAUUUGAAUAAUUAUCUACCAUGAGUGUAUGUCCAGCCUGAUAUGAAUUUAGGUUUUGAGUGAGUCGCUUGCUUUUGUUUUAACGACCGGAGGGGAGUGCUCCGUCCGGGACUGAAAGGUGGGGUUAUGUGGGACGUCUUUGUGUAGAUUUUUCUUACACGACUUUAUUUCAAUUGUGUGAAAACAAAAUGACAUUUUUGUUACAAAAAUAAAAAGGAAUAAAAACAUGUUGAUGCGUCCACAUUUCAUAUAAACGGAAAAAUUAAAAUAUCAGUAAAUGCUGCAGUCGCAGUUACAGAGCGCAUGCAAAUACCAAAGGCAAAGAGAGCAACUACUGACCAAUCACGGCCCUUGUAGUUCCUGCUGAUACACUCAUCUCAAAGAGCUUCUACUAACGCCAUCUAACGUUCAGUCAAUCAGGGCUCCUCUUAGUUGAAUCAUAUAGUCAUAAUACUUGCAUUGUACUGUAAAUACAUUCUGAACAGUACAAAUAUUUAUCCAAGAUGGCACUUUAAAGCAGGAGAAAAUAUCUCAAGGAAAGGUAUCGGGGGUAAGAAAAGGUUUGAAUAGACCAAGCAUGUAAUAGCCCAACAGAGAGAUGGAAAGGAGAGCAAUAUUAAUACAGCAUAGAUAAAUAUAUCGUCAUGUAAACAUUAAGACAUGCGGUGACAUUUAUCAAGGGUACGCCAUUAAACUGUCCUCUGGUCCUAUGUGUGUUUAUGUGGACCGAUUUAUUCUGUUUAAACAGCGGCAGAGGAUUACCCUGGACAUCGUGUGGAGCAUGGAGACCAAAUACUGGUAGAGAGUCUUGUCUCGAUGCGUGUCACUAUGGACGUGUCUUAUUGUGUGUGUGUGUGUGUGUGUGUGUGUCUUAGUAACCUCCGGUCAGCGGUGCCCAGUACACAAAGAGGAAGACA